AUGGGUUGCAGCGCCGUUUUUACCAUAAUUGCAAACUUUUUAACACUUUGCAGAACAAUUCCUGUUAGUAAAUUACCACAAGUAAUGCGAAGAGCUGGAUUUGCCCCAACAAAUGAGGAAUUAGACAAAGUUUUGAAAGGGUACGUGAUAUAUGCUCAUUAUAUUUUCUCUAAUCUAUAUAAAAGGUGCCAAGACGAAGAAAAUAUUACUGAGUACAAAGUGGAUUUAAAGAUCACUCAGGACCUGCAUCAUGCAUUUCAGCUUUUUGACAAAAGUGGAGAGGGUUUCUUCACGACAGAAAGUCUUCGGGAGUUAUUGCGAGAAGGUGAGAACGAGACCCUAACAAAUGAGGAUAUCGACGCGCUUUGCCGGCAUGCAGAUACUGACGGUGAUGGGAAGGUGUACUUUAGCGGUAAAUGA